AUGAAUUGCAACUGCUUCACCCCCAAAAUCAAAGAUUUACCUACAGGCGAAAUUCCGAACAUAUUGUACACAGAUUACGACCUCCAAGUGCCAAAAAUCCUCGGCAAAGUGAUGGGGAUAGUGCCCAAAGACGGCUUCGAUCAAAAUUUGUGCGUUAACCGAGGAGUCAACCAAGAUGUUGGUUUUGUAGGCAGACUGCUGCACCCUCCAAGUGGGACGAUGGUGGAAAUCUACAGCAACCAACCGGGAGUCAACUUAAACACGGCAAACUCCUUCGGAUAUGGUGAUAGGAUGUCGCUAGCUCAAAUAUUGCCACCUCCAGUGCAAAAUAAACCUCCGCAGAAGGAGCUAGAGGAAAAAUUGUUGCUCUUCAAGAAAGUACACGAAGAGAUGUUCGACGUUUGA